GGGGACUUCCGGAGAAAAUGGCUGCUCCCUCGAAGAAGGUUUUCGAGCUCUUCGUUAACAAAGUACCAUGGACUGUCGCAAACAAGGAAAUGAGGGAGUACUUCGGGCAGUUUGGACAGAUAAAAAGAUGUCUUCUUCCUUUUGACAAGGACACUGGUUUUCACAAAGGAUUCUGCUGGGUCAGUUUUUCCACUGAAGAUGGGCUUCUUAAUGCGCUACAGAAAGACCCACACAUUAUAGAAGGGUCAAAGCUUCAGGUUGGCAGAAAUAGACAAUCUGUACCCCGAAGGUUGAUCGGAGAAGUGGAGGAAAGCUGAAUGUCCGUGUUGUUAUGGAAAAAUUGUAAACCAGUAUAUGUGAUCUGAGAAAAUGUGCACCUGUUCCCUGGUUUAUUGUAAAUAUUUAUCACCAAGCCAAAUAAAGUCCCUGGACUUA